CUCCCCCCAUUGGCGCCACUACCGUAUAAAAGCCUCCCUCUCUCGCUCAGUCUCUGUGCCUUGUCGCGCACUUCCGUCCUCCCGCCGGAGCUUCGAAUAGAGAGAGCUGCGACGCCAUGUCGGACGGUCACCUCUUCAACAACAUCUCUCUCGGUGGCCGUGGAGGCUCUAACCCUGGGCAGAUAAAGAUUUUUUCGGGAGGGAUUUCGUGGAGGAGACAAGGAGGUGGCAAAGCAGUUGAAGUCGAUAAAUCUGACAUUGUCGGGGUGACCUGGACGAAGGUGCCGAGGACGAAUCAAUUAGGUGUUCGAACCAAAGAUGGCUUAUAUUAUAAGUUCACUGGAUUCCGAGACCAGGAUGUUACUAGUUUGACCACUUUUUUCCAAAAUACCUGCGGGAUAACUCCGGAGGAGAAACAGCUUUCUGUUAGUGGCCGGAAUUGGGGAGAAGUUGAUUUGAGUGGUAAUAUGCUGACAUUUCUUGUGGGCUCAAGACAAGCAUUUGAGGUAUCUCUGGCAGAUGUCUCACAAACACAGCUUCAAGGAAAGAAUGAUGUCAUUUUGGAGUUUCAUGUUGAUGAUACAACUGGGGCUAAUGAGAAAGAUUCUGUGAUGGAAAUUACAUUUCAUGUGCCCAACUCCAACACCCAAUUCGUUGGUGAUGAAAAUCGUCCUCCUGCUCAGGUUUUUCGCGACAGAAUCAUGUCGGUGGCAGAUGUUGGGGCUGGAGGUGAAGAUGCUGUUGUUACAUUUGAGGGAAUUGCCAUUCUUACUCCAAGGGGUCGCUACAGUGUAGAACUUCACCUGUCAUUCUUGCGACUUCAAGGACAGGCAAAUGACUUCAAAAUUCAGUACAGCAGUGUUGUUCGCUUAUUUUUGCUACCAAAGUCUAACCAACCGCAUACAUUUGUUAUCAUCACUCUUGAUCCACCAAUUCGCAAAGGGCAAACUUUGUAUCCGCAUAUUGUGAUGCAGUUUGAAACCGACUAUGUGGUUCAAAGCACAUUGUCUAUGAAUGAUGAUUUAUUCAACACCAAGUACAAGGACAAGCUGGAACCAUCUUAUAAGGGACUCAUUCAUGAAGUGUUCACCACCAUCUUGCGUGGAUUAUCCGGUGCCAAAGUCACGAAACCAGGAAAGUUCCGUAGUUCUCAAGAUGGUUAUGCAGUUAAAUCAUCACUCAAAGCUGAAGAUGGAGUCCUGUACCCACUUGAGAAAAGCUUCUUCUUUUUACCCAAGCCUCCUACCUUGAUCCUUCACGAGGAGAUUGAUUAUGUGGAAUUUGAGAGGCAUGCUGCUGGGGGCUCGAAUAUGCACUAUUUUGAUCUUUUAGUGAGAUUGAAAACUGAACAAGAACAUCUCUUUCGGAAUAUCCAGAGGAAUGAAUACCAUAAUCUUUUUAACUUCAUCAGUGGGAAGGGGAUGAAGAUCAUGAACUUGGGAGAGCAGGCCACUGAUGGAGUAGCACGUGUUCUUCAGGAUGACGAUGAUGAUGCAGUUGAUUUCCAUCUUGAGCGCAUUAGGAAUGAAGCCGGUGGAGACGAAAGUGAUGAAGAGGAUGAAGAUUUUGUCGUUGAUAAGGAUGAUGGAGGAUCUCCUACUGAUGAUUCUGGAGACGAAGAGUCCGAUGCCAGUGAAAGUGGAGAUGAGAAGGAGAAGUUCGGGAAAAAGGAAUCUCGAAAAGAAGUCAAAGCAUCAUCAAGUAAGAAGAAAGCAAAAGCUGCAGAUGAAGAUGGGUCAAAGAAGAAGAAACAGAAGAAGAAAGAUCCUAAUGCGCCAAAAAAGGCUAUGUCUGGCUAUAACUUUUUCUUGCAGAUGGAAAGCGAGAAAAUGAAGAGAAGUAAUCCUGGGCUUUCCUUUGGGGAUGUAUCAAGAGAAAUUGCGGAUAAGUGGAGGGGCAUGUCAGCGGAGGAGAAAGAGCCAUAUGUAGCAAAAGCCGCUGCGGAUAAAAAACGUUACCAAGAAGAGCUAAGCGGUUAUAAGAGUACUUCACAAGCCAUGAAUGUAGAUUCAGACUGAUGAGGGAAACUUGAGCACUCUCUUGAGCUCAUGACGCUAGUAUUUUCUCACAUGUAGCUGUAGUAGCCCUCGUGCGGUAAACAAGUUGUACCAGCUGUUACGAUGGAUGUGUUCCGUCAUAGCCUGCUAUAGUGAAUAUCUACUGAAAUUGAAAUCCAUAUGUUGUAAUGUUUAUGGCGCACUGGUAGCCAGUAAUUCUGAGGAACGACCAUUGGGUGCUCAUGGGUUGCCACAUAUGGCUUAUGCAUUAAUCUUAUUCUCAGGCAUGAGCCUUUUUCUA